AUGAAGUGCUCUACGUCGUCUACAUUUAAAGGAAUCAACAUUAAAUCAGAAAAUUAUAUAAGUAAAACACCAACAAUUUAUCAUUUCAACGGCGGUUUGAUAACCAUUAUGCCACCAUUUGAUAAGAAAAUCAAAAAGUUUAUUAAGGACUCCAUAAGAGUUGCUCCAAAAAUUUCAAAUAAAGGUGAAUUGGCAGAACUGAGAAAUGGCUUAGUAUCUCAAUACCCACAAACUAGAAAAGAUGCCAUUAAGAAGACUAUCCAACAAAUGACGUUGGGUAAAGAUGUUUCCACUCUUUUCCCAGAUGUCUUAAAGAAUAUUGCAACAAAUGAUGUUGAACAGAAAAAAUUAGUCUAUCUAUACGUUAUGAAUUAUGCGGAAACCCACCCAGAAUUGUGUAUCUUGGCUGUGAAUACAUUUGUAACAGAUUCACAGGACCCAAAUCCUUUAAUUCGUUCUAUGGCCAUCAGAACAAUGUCGAUGAUAAGAGUCGAUAAGAUACUAGAGUAUAUCGAAAUCCCACUACGCCGCACCCUACAGGAUGAUAAUCCAUAUGUAAGAAAGACUGCUGUCAUCUGUGUUGCCAAACUCUUCCAAUUAAACAAGACUUUAUGUGUUGAACUGGGGGUCCUUGAAGAUUUGGUAUCAGCUCUAGACGACUCCAAUCCAAUGGUAGUUGCUAACGCGAUCGCAUCUUUAACUGAAAUAAGUGAUAUGGACAGCUCAGUCGUCAAUCUGAGCGCUCUAAUACAAUCGCAUUUUACACAAUUUUUAACUGCAUUGAAUGAAUGCACUGAAUGGGCCAGAAUUACUAUAUUGGAUGCUUUGUCAGAAUACAAUGCAAGGGACGCAUUAGAAGCACAAAAUAUAAUUGAUCGUGUCACAGCACACUUACAGCAUGUUAAUCCGGCAGUAGUCCUUGCUACCAUAAAAGUUAUUAUUAAAAAUCUAUCUGUUAUUGAGCCACAAUCCAAUCCAAAUUCCGCUCCAAACACUUUAAUAAUGAAAAAAAUAUCUGCUGCUUUAGUCUCGCUGAUGUCAACACCACCUGAAUUACAGUACGUGGCUCUCAAAAACAUAAGAAUUGUCCUUGAAAAGUAUCCUGAGCUGCUAAAUAAAGAGUUGAGAAUAUUCUAUCCAAAAUUCAAUGACCCAUUGUAUGUUAAAGUAGAAAAGAUUGACAUUUUGAUCAGAUUAGUAGAUGCCACAAAUUUAAAACAAUGCACUUUGCUAUUAGCAGAAUUAAAAGAAUACUCUAUGGAGUUAGAACCAGAAUUUGUGUCACGCGCUAUCCAGGGGUUAUCACAACUGGGUAUUAAAUAUUCAAAUGAACAAUUUGUUCAAAAGGUUAUUGAUGCUCUAGUUGAAUUACUCGAAAAGGGACAGGAUUUUAUUAAAGACGAUUGCUGCAUUUCAUUAUGUAACUUACUGAGACAUUGUUCAAAUAAUGAAAAUAUGAUAAAACAGGUUUGUUCAUUAUUGAAUACAUGGGACUCCCCACACGUUUUAUUAAGGACUGAUAAUGCUAAGUGCAAUUUCAUUUGGCUAUUAGGCCAAUACCCAGCAUAUUUCCCAAAUUUAAAUGAUAAAAUAAGUUUGUUCAUUGAAAAUUUCACUGAAGAAGAACCAUUGACACAAAUAUCCAUACUAGUCACCGUGGUGAGGUUACAUACUAAAUUACCAGGCGCAACAUUACAAAAUGUUUUGGAAUUAGCCUCUCAUGAAACUUCCGAAGUUGAUGUGAGGGACAUGGCUAUGAUAUAUUGGAGAUGCUUGUCUAUGGACAACUCAGAUGAACUUAUUUCAAAAUUAUGCGGGGCUGUUGCACCUAAGAUAGAAAAUGCAGUGGAAAACUUCUCACCAGGAGUUCUAGAAGAAUUGUUGAUGGAGCUUGGUACAAUAAGCUCAAUACAUUUGAGACCAGCCGAUAAAAGGAAGAGGAAAAACUUCCAAAAUCAACACAUUAUCAGGGGAAAGCACCUUGAUGAAUUACAAUACCUUGCCAAAAACGAGUUAGAAAGUAAAGUUAAUGAUGAUGUCCUCCUAGAUUUUGAUUCUGACGAGAGUGCAGGUAUCAACAACCCUUCUACAUCAUUGAAUGACCUAGAUGACUUAUUUGACUUUGGGGGUUCAAAUGAUAAUGCAGAAUCUAUGAAAAAUCUCACCUUAUCCAACAAGACAGAAAAUACUUCAUCUACUACCAAUGAUUUAUUAGAUUUGUUUUAG